AUAAGAAGUCCAAAGAAUUUCUGUUUUGUACAUACAUUGACCAGCACAGCGACCCCCUAACACACUUCCCGUGUGGUAUUUUCUCUUUGAAAGCGUCAGGGAGUUGGAAAUAACGUUGCAUGAAUGUCCGUGGCUCUCAGGGGUGAAAUCGACGGAAGGGUGAGCUGAAUCAAAGAUUAUUUCAGCUGUACUUCAGCAAUGAGCCCAUUUAGGUAAGGCUCUUGUUUAAGGGUUUCGUGGAGUUCCUUUUUCUUUGGUCUGCGGACUCGAUUCAGCCUCACGCUGUAACUGCAUUUAGCGCAGUGCCGAGCCGAGGCCUCCUGGCUGUGCCAGCAACGCAGAGGUGGCGGCGCUCUACGCCUAUAUGCGCCGGAAAUCCACGAUCCGUCAGCUCAUCGGAUGUUCUACAUCGAACUUGUCCGUUGAAGCUCGAGGAUUUGUUCCAAGCUGUCAUUGCUGCUAUGACCUCGAUAUGGAGCGUUUCGAACAAAGGCGGUGGGUCGCCGUCGGCGCACGACCUGACGGAGAUCAUGAAACACAUUCCAACAUUUGACUUCAUGCCUCGACCCGUGCCUCGGGAGUAUAAUGUUCUUUGGCAGACGGCCGACUGGCUCCAGGAUGAAUGGGCUGCGAAGGGCCUCUACUGCCCGGCCUGCUUCACUGUCUGUAAAGAUCUUGGCCGGUUCUCGAGCCUUGGAGAUCGCAGCCCGACCGAGGAGCAUCUGUAUGUGCGAUGGGAAAUACGCCUACAGUCGCUCGUCCAGGCCGCAGAGGGCGGAUGCCAGCUGUGCAGUUUCUUCACCGUCCGGUUCUUCAACGACCCCGGGUACAUGCACGUCUGGGGAAAUACGCUGAAAAAGAACCCGGUAGCCUGCUGCGGAAGCGCGCCGGAUUCUGAUCGAUCCGGCGAGUUCGGCAAAGCCAUUGCAAAGAUCCGUGGUCUCAGCGAAAAGUACGCUGAUCCGUCGUUCACGCUUAUCAUCCAGCCCUUGGACUACUCGGUGGACGAGCAAGGCCGGGGAGGAUACGGCAAACUACUCUUCCAGCUCUCGGACACAACUCUGUCGACGAAGGAAGCGCUCAAGGAUAUUUUGGGUUUUCGAAGGGAGAUCAUCGUAGAGGUAUAUGCUCGAGGUCAGAACUCAAGUGCCCUUGAGCAACUGCUCCAAAACGCAGCCUGUUGACGAUCUCGUACAGAUGCCCCAACCUCCGACUUUAUACGAUAUAACCCGGUUGUGACUGAUCUGGCUUCGCCCCUGGGCUCUAGCAUCGCGCAAAACUGGAUAGACGUUUGCGCCAGCUCUCACGCCGAGUGUCCGUCUCCAGUCCCACUACCACUUCCAACACGGGUGAUCGAGAUCGUUGACGAGCACAAUCUCCGCCUCAGCAGCAGCGGCGGCGGCGGCGGUGGCUUUA